AAAUCGUUCUUACAAAUAUUGCGGGAAUAUCAACACAAUUAUAUUGACAAGCUGGGGAAACAUCUUGUUCAAACGUCAUGUUAGCUGAAAAGGCCCUUGAAAUGAUACGUGAAUUACAUCGUUCAUCAGAUGGCACCUUACCACCCUUUAAUGAAGAUAAAGUCAGACAAGUUCUUGAAGAAAUGAAAGCACUGUUUCAAGAAAACCAGAAAGAUGUGAGUGCCACUGUAGCGGGGGAAAGCGGCCUGUUUUCUGGCGUUCAGCUCAGGCAUGCUGCCCUCGAGAGAAACAAGAGAUGUAUUCUGGCCUAUCUGUACAACAGGAUCAAGAGGAUCCGGGACAUGCGGUGGGAGUUUGGCAGCGUGUUGCCACAGGAAAUCAAAUACAACCUCAGUGAACAGGAGGUGCGGUGGUUUAGCCAGUAUAACAAAUGUCUGGCCAACUACAUGCGGUCCAUAGGUGGAGCAGGUGGUCUUGAUCUCACACAGGACAUGAAACCGCCAAAGACACUAUAUAUCGAGGUAAGGUGCCUUGUUGACCAUGGGGAAUUUGAGACUCAGGAUGGGAAUGUUGUUGUACUGAAGAAAAACAGUCAGCAUUUCCUGUUGAGGUCUGAAUGUGAACACUUGAUACGACAGGGCAUGCUGGAACAUGUUGUACACUGAGUUGGCCGGCUACGGUGUAUGCCUGUUCUGGAACAUUAUGGACUUUUGAGAGUCUUAUUUUUAGUAGAAUCAACCUGAAAUGGGGUUGAUGGUGUACUUUAAAUUAAGGCACUAUUUGAUAGUUAAUAAGUGCUUUGAUAUACAUGUUUUAACAAAGAAAAUUAAAAAAAAAAACUAAUCGGCAAAGGCAGUAGAUACAUAUAUAUACCUGAAUGUACUAACAUGUAUAACACACAUGUAUUUCCAUUGUUUAGGUUUGUUAUGAAAUAUGUGUUCAUGAUUGUGUGACACCAUAAAAAAGAUUAAAUUAUUUUAUUCAUGUAUCCAUUUCAUGCCAUGCCGCAGUAUAAACAUAGUAAAUACAACUUUUUUUAAAGCACCCGCAAAGUAACCAAAAUAAAUGGGUACAGUUUGGAAUUUUCCCAUUUGUUUGUCAAAUGAAAUAGACAGCACUCCUCUGUUCAUUUGAUCUCAGACACAGAUAUGAGAGAAUGUCAUCUAUGAAAAAACACAAAGAAACCAAACAUUAGAUGGUAUUAUCUGUAUUGGUCAGUAGGUACUAUAAUUGUACCCCAUUGAAAAAAGUGCCUGACCUGUGGGUUCAUGUCCAUACCCUUGUUACAAUAUUAUAUGUCCAUUGAUUACAUACAAACAUUUGCAGCCCACAUUGUGGUCUUGUUUCAGACUAUUACAUUGUAAUAUAAAUAAUGCAUAUUUAUUUAGCUAUGUUAUUUAUUAUUAAAUGCUUAGAAUAAUAUUUGUAAAUAAACGGUGUGUA